UAAGUUUUUAUAUCUUAAAUAUGAAAGAAAUAUCAAAGUUUUAUGCAAAGAUAACAUUUCUAUCAUUCUUGGAUUCACUGCGAUUUAGAUUAAACAUCAUAUUUGUCGAGGAAAAAGUUCCACAGGAAAAAGACUCCUUUAAACUUCACUUUUUUGCAACAAAGAUGGCUGCAACUCUGACUUUUCUUCUCAUUAGUUCUCUGCUGCAGGGUGCACUGUGUGGAACGUUCAACGUCAGUAUGCCACAGAAUAUAAAUGUUUUGAGAGGAUCCUGUGUGACCAUCCCCUGCUCCUUUGAUGUAGACAGCAGAUUUGAAAAAUACUUAGAUGAUACAUGUAAAGCAUAUUGGAAUGAUUCACCUUCAUUUACCAGUGAAAAUGCAAAACUAAAGCCAACUAAAGAAAUAACAGGAGACUUAACAAAGAAAGACUGCACCACAACUUUCAAUAAUGCAAGUCUUCUUCAAAGAAGUAAAUACUACUUCAGACUGGAGUGUGAUAAUGCACUGAAAUACAGUUUUAAACAAGCUGGUGUAGAUAUUUCAUUAAUAGAUGAUCCUCCCUCUCUGACUCUGACUCCAUCCACACUGGAGGUGAAGGAGGGAACCUCAGUGAGUCUGACGUGCUCUGCUCCAGCUCCAUGUUGGUCUCAUCCUCCAGCUCUGACAUGGAGCCCUAACCUGGGUCAGAGUCAGGAGACACUGCAGGAGAAUCAGGACAAAACUAAAGUCAAGACUUCUGUUAUGAGUUUCACUGCUUCUCACCUUCAUCAUGGAAAUAAAAUCUCCUGCACUGCUGUCUACCAGAAACAAGAUGGCAGCCCUGAUGUCACUGCUGAAACAAGUUUAACUCCUGAUAUUUCAUAUUCACCUAAAAAUAUCACAGUUUCAGUCAGUCCUUCUGGUCCAGUACCAGAGAACAGCAAUGUGAGUCUGACCUGUAGCAGUAAUGCCAACCCAGCAGUGAGGAACUACACCUGGUACAGAGCUGAUGGAGACCAGGAGACAUUUAUUGGGACAGGAACCAGUUUAAACAUUCAAGUCUCCAGAGACACACAGUCAUUUUUCUGCAACGCUGAAAAUGAGAUUGGAGUUGGACGUUCCAGCAGCAUUCAAAUAGAUGUUCAGUAUUCACCUAAAAACAUCACAGUUUCAGUCAGUCCUUCUGGUCCAGUACCAGAGAACAGCAAUGUGAGUCUGACCUGUAGCAGUAAUGCCAACCCAGCAGUGAGGAACUACACCUGGUACAGAGCUGAUGGAGACCACGAGUCGCUUAUUGGCACAGGAACCAGUUUAAACAUUAAAGUCUCCAGAGACAGACGGACAUUUUUCUGUAACGCUGAAAAUGAGAUUGGAGUUGGACGUUCCAGCAGCAUUCAAAUAGAUGUUCAGUAUUCACCUAAAAACAUCACAGUUUCAGUCAGUCCUUCUGGUCCAGUACCAGAGAACAGCAAUGUGAGUCUGACCUGUAGCAGUAAUGCCAACCCAGCAGUGAGGAACUACACCUGGUACAGAGCUGAUGGAGACCAGGAGACGCUUAUCGGAACAGGAACCAGUUUAAACAUUCAAGUCUUGAGAAACAGAUGGACGUUUUUCUGCAAGGCUGAAAAUGAGAUUGGAGUUGGACGUUCCAGCAGCAUUCAAAUAGAUGUUCAGUAUUCACCUAAAAACAUCACAGUUUCAGUCAGUCCUUCUGGUCCAGUACCAGAGAACAGCAAUGUGAGUCUGACCUGCAGCAGUAAUGCCAACCCAGCAGUGAGGAACUACACCUGGCUGAAAACAAGAUUGGAUUUGCACGUUCUAAUCUGACUCAAGUCAAAGUUCAGUGUAUGUAUCACAUUAUUAGGCAUUUCUAUUCAUCCAGAAUUUUAACAACACAUAAUCCACCUCUCAUAUAAUAAUUCAUAAUUCAUAAUUCACCUCUCUUAUACUCUACAACUACUAUACUGAAUGCCACUGUCCCUUGCUAGAAGCCUAUUUAAUUUUUCUGACAUUUCUGGGUACCUAGUGUAAGUAUUACAGCUAGCCAAACAUUAUAGCACAGAUCAUUUUAAUGUCUCGACCACACUAAUAAAACACAUUCCUAUUUAUAACACCACAAAUUAAAUCAGAAAAACAAGACAAUAUGGUGUACAUCAUUACAAUCGGGUUGUCCCAAAUAAAUAAAAAAAGGCUGGAUAUACUUCAGUAAAUACAAUGAUGCGUAGUACAGUAUGUAAAUUGUUCACUUUGGUUUAUGAGCACCUUCACUCACAUGUUACCAGUUGUUGUGUUGUUACAUCGUUUGUCUAAUUGUUCUAAACUGUAUUCAAUGGUGCUUUGACUGAUCCUCUCACAGUGGUAACUGAGUGGGCUACCUGUCAAUCAGUCUCAUAAAUUUGAAAAAUGUGUCCUUCCAUUUUCUUCUGGUUAUCAAAUUCAGCAGUCUGUGACUGGGCAAACACAGAGAGAAAAAGUGAUUCACACUCACAUCUAUGGUUAAUAUAGAAUCACCAGUAAAUCUAACCUCACAAAUUAAAGAAAAAGGAAUCAAGACUGGCUUACCACUCUACAAUUUGUAGAGUAUUAAAUCUCUUAAAACAGUCUGACUAUACUGUUUAAAACUUUGUUUAAGACACUAGAGUAUGCUGUUCAUUUGGUCCACUACCAGCAAACACCAGCGGUCAGAAUGAACAAAGACUAAGAUACUUUGAUAGGAGACAGAUAUACUUUAUAAAUUAAAGCAUUAAAGUUGAUGCUACCAGUGUGCAAAAUUUUGUCAAGGGCCAUGAUAUUCAACAGGGUCUCAAGUGUACUCAUAAAUAUUAUUAAUUAUGCUAAAAAAAAAUAACAUGUUUUUUAUCCUUAAUGUUUAAGCUCACUAUAAACAACAAUAUCCAACAUUUCUGAUCCAGUUCAAAUUGAAGUUGAUCAGAUUUGUUCUGUUGGAGCUGAUCCAUGUCAUGAUGCUAGAAUAAUUACUUGUAACUUAAGUAUUAGUUGAUUAGGAAUAUAAUGUCUAUAGCUUUCUCCAUGGCAUUAUUUCUCA